AAAGAACCAGUAUCGGGUGGUCCAGGUGACCAGCGGCAGCACCGCCGCCCUGUUCACCGGAAGCGCCUUCGCAGUCUCCGCGAGCACCGAUGCGGACGGCAAGGCCCCGACGGGUCAGACCUGCCCGUUCAUCGCAGAGGGCAAAGCCGAGGACGCCCCGCGCGAGCUCAUCGGCACGUCCCCUCGUGAGCCUUUCACCGUGAGAGCGGCUGGGAAAGCUCACCAGGGCUCGUGCCCGCUGCAGCACCGGCGGGACGAGCACUGCCUUGAGUACUACGUGGCUGAGCUUCAUGACGGGCACCAACUCUUCGACGGCGAGCACCAGCUCGACCCUGGCGACCACGAGUGGGGCGAGUACCGCCUCGGGUACUGCUUCGAGUACCGUCUCCAGCUGCUCGAUUCUGAUAUCAACCAGUCGGACGCGCGCGGCCGCGAGCACCACCUCGCUGACCGCCGCGGCGGGCACCAGCAGCGCAUCGCUGAACAGCGCGACUGGGCCGGCGCGAGCGCCGGCGGAGGCGAGCCGCCGCUCCCGGUCGGAGCGCCAGCGGGGCCGCCUCCACCGCCGCCUCAGGUGGCGGGCCCACCUCCAGCGGCCCGCGGGGCGCCCACGCCGGGGCCGGCGCAGGGCGAGUCAGCGGCGGACGCGGCGUCGGCGCCCACGGGCUGGGGCGAGGGGCUCUUCGACCUGGUGACGCUCGGGAUUCACUUCCUUUUCGUCAUAGUGCAGGCGGGUCAGAGUGACGUUGACUUCUACUUGAUCAGCACGCCUGAUCACGAUGUGUACGAGGAGGACUACAGCCGCAGCAGCCCGGACGUGCUGGCCGUACGCUUCACCGACAGUCGUCGCGAGCUGGCGGGUCUGGAGCCCAACCAGGUGUACAGGUUCGGUCGGGCGCUCACGCCCGCCCAGACCGCCGCCAUCCGCGCUGCCCUGGACCACGUCGGGGAUGAGACCUACCUGGCCCGGGAGAGGGCUGCGGGCCGCGCCGGGGUGCUGCCUGCCUCCGGGUCGUGGGAGGCCUUCGACUUCACGUUGGCCGCAGCGCCUGGGUGUGGGGCAGUGGUCGCCGCCGGCGGCCCCGGCGCGGGGGACGGAGCCCUCGCGUCGGCGGGCCUUGCCGGCUUGCCGGGAGCUGACGGCGUGGCCGCCCUGUUCGCACCGCCGGUGACGCCCGAGUGGGUCAUGGUGGAGACCACCGCAGCGGGCAAGCGUGGCACGGUCGUGCGGCUGAACGGCUCAGAGCAGCUCGGCGGGGAUGUAGGCAUCAUGAGGGUGGCCGAGGGUUGGAUCUGCAUCCGUCAGGUGUCGAUCAACCUUUCACUGUAUGCGAGUGCAGAGUCUGGCCACGACUGUCGUCUCCUCGGGCUCCCUCUUCAAGUCGACGGGUGCCGUGAGCGCCUGCAGUUUCGAGAUGCGGUCGCUCACUUCACCGAGUCGGGCCUGGUGGGCGCUGUGGACGAGCUAACCGGCGCCCUCAAUGAGAUGUACCUCGGAUCGGAGAGCUCAGCCGACCUACCGCGGCGGAGUUCUGACCAGCCACCGCUCGCAGUCCACGCUGAGGUCUACCAGGAGCUCCAGGCCGCCGUGAAGCGGUUCGGUGAGCCUCCUGAGGACCUCGACGGCCCGGGAGCCCUUGCGGAGCUCCGGGUGUCGCAUGCGUACCAAGGGGAGGCCUUGGCGCUUGCCCCGGUCGGCUUCGACAGCGUCGACCGCAUCUCUCUGCCCGCCGCCUCGACGUCUCCGAAGUCGCUUGAGGCCUUGGCGGGCGAUGUGGGCCGGAAGAUUGCCGACCGUCUUCGUGAUUUGGAACUUCCCCGAGAGCUGGGGUUGGAGCGCGCGAGAACCGAGGGGCCACGCCGUUUGUAUGUGGAUCCCAACCUUCGUAACCCCAAGCUGUGCAAGCGGGUGCUGCAGCGACUGGUGGACGCCAAUUUGAUCAGCUUCCACUCGUCGUGCGAGUGCUCGGUCGGGCUUUUCUUCGUGCACAAGAAAUCAGGCGACCUCCGGAUGAUUCUGGAUGGGCGCUUUGCUUCUCUUCGGUUUGGCACUGCUGAUAAAGUCGAGCUCGCUUCGGGCGCGGCGUUUAGUCAGAUUACUGUGGAUGGGGGCGCUCCCAUCGCCGUGGCAGGCGUGCACAUUGCAGAUGCCUUUUACAACAUCCUGCCCCCCGUCGUGGAGCAGAGUGUCGCAGUCGAGCUGUCAUCGUAUAACGAGCGGUGGAGGUGCGGGAAGGACUCGGAGAAAUCGGUCGCGCCUCGGAAGUUCGAGGUCGAGGAUCGUGGGGCCCGUGAAGGUCACCCUGGAGCCCCUGGCGCCCUGCACGGCACCGUCGAGGUGUUCCCGAGGCCCCCGGGGGCCGAGUUCAAGAGCGCCCCGAGGGAUGUCUGGGGCGGGGCCUGGAAGCGGGUCCUGUCUAGGCCCUGGGGCCGUGAGGAAGCUCAGGUGAUCCUCGAAGGCCGAGCUCUCGUGUGUUGUCUCCGACACCGUCUUCGAGCGGUGAGCAACUUCGGUAAGACCCACGUCAUCCUGAAUGACUCAAUGGCCCCGCUGCUCGCUUUGCUCAAGGGGCGCUCCUCCUCCGCUCCGCUGCGGCGCAUCUGCAGGCAGGUCGCGGCCCUCGCCCUCUGCAGUGGCUGCGGCGUGGCCUGGCGCUGGCUGCCGUCGGAGCACAACGGCGCUGACGCCGCCUCCCGGAACCGGCCAGGACUGGUCGCGGAGGCGGAUCGUGGCGUUGCAGCCGAUGUCAGAGGCUGCACCACUGCGCUUGGCUGCGGGCGACAGCAGGUGGGUCGCGAGAUUGUCCCGACUGUAGGCGAGACCGGGACCUUUCUGGAGACGGAGUCGGUGUCCGCGCCGACCCGGAGGGACUACCAGCGCCGGGCUCAGGCGUUCACGCGCUGGGCCCAGAUGAUGGCGCUGACGGUGUCGACUGCUGCGUCGCUGGACGCUGCCCUAGUCGUGUACUUCCACGAGCAGUACCUGGAGGGCGGCGAGAGCACCGACGCUUGGAAGCUGUUCGCGGCGCUGUCGUUUCAGGGCCUCGACCUGGGGCUAAAGCACUCGAGCUUGCCGAGGGCCGUGCGGGCGGCGAAAGGCUGGAAGCGCUUGGCUCCACCCCGGUCGAGACUGCCACUCCCUUGGGCGGCUUGCUGCCUCGUCAUUCGCGCGCUGGUGGGCGCCGGCGAGUCGACGAUCGCAGCCCUGACCGCGGUGGCGUUCGCGUUGUACCUGAGGCCGUCGGAGGCGCUGCUGCUGGCCACCGACAGCCUGGUCAAGCCGUCUGUGCUGCGCGGUGGGCCUCAAGGCGCGUGGAGCGUGACCCUCCACCCUCGCGAGAAGGGGAUCUCGAGCAAGACGGGCGCGUGCGACGACUCCCUGCUGAUCGACAGCCCCGCGUUCCCCUGGUUGUCCGGCCUGCUGCAGCGGCUGCUGGCGACCCGACCAGCGGGUCAGCCUCUGUUCGACGUGAGCUACAGCGAGUGGAACACGAAGUUUCAGGCGGCCACCCAAGCCGCAGGGCUGCAGACGCUGGGGCCGCUGACCCUUCACCAGCUGAGGCACGUCGGCGCGAGCCACGAGCUGCUGGUGAAAGCCCGCACCCAGGACGAGGUGAAGAAAAGAGGCAAGUGGGCCACCGACCAGGCCGUCAGGAGGUGCGCCAAGGGAGGCCGCGUCCAGGAACAGCUGAACGCCCUCCCAGCGGGGGCGCAGGCGCUGGCGCGCCGCGCGUUGGCCACAGGCAGAUUGGGCGCCAGCAAAGACCAGGCAGCGCGGGCGAAGGAUCGCAGGAGCUUUGUGCAAGUCGCGCGUUCGCAUUGGAAGCUUCCUUUCUCGGGGCAAUCUGGCGCGCCGCCAUGGUUGCAGCCGCCUGUUGCCGAGUGGGGGGGCAAGACGACGCUCCCGCAUUUUACUUUUGAGGAUUUGGUCUUGCCCCCGUUGUCCGACGAGGACCCGCCUGGGGAGCUGGGCGCCGGCCUGCCGCAGACGAUGUUCGUGGUUGACAGCCAAGCUGUCGCCGACGUCAUAAAUUGUCUCAGCGCGCGCGGCACUCCAGUGUGCACAAUGGCUUUCGAGCGCGCGAUGAAUCGGUUGGCGGCGUGUUUCGGCGAGGGCAUGGCACCUCUGGCUGGUUGGCGCACUUUCGCCCAGUGGCGGCGGAGAUCUUCCAGUGCCCCGGCGGACGCUGCCCCAGACCUCGCGCUGAAGCACAAAAACGGACGCGAUCGCAUCGCUGAGCAGCGCGACCGGGAGCGCCGGCGCCCCGUCGUGCGCCGGCGUGAUCGGCGCUGCCGCGAGCACUGCGCCGCGGAGUUGCAUGACGGGCACUUGCACCUCGACGCCAUGCGCCACGCUGGGGAGCACCAGCUCGCCCCCGAGCCCAAGAGUGGGUCGAACACUCCGUCGAGUACCAUGUCGCUGACCACCGCGGCGAGCACAGCCCGCGCAUCGGCGAGCAGCGCGAUUGAGAGCAGCAAUUCGACCCUGGCCGCGCACCAGAGGUGA